GUUUUUAGAGAGCGGCGCCGUUGCAAACUGGAAUGGGAGCUGGCGAUUUUUCCCAUAUUUUGUUAGUUUAAUCCGUGAAUGGCGCCGAAACAGGACCCGAAGCCUAAAUUUCAAGAAGGUGAAAGAGUGCUGUGUUUUCAUGGGCCAUUGCUCUACGAAGCUAAGUGUGUUAAGAUAAACAUCAAGGAAAAACAAAUCAAAUAUUUUAUUCAUUACAGUGGGUGGAACAAGAACUGGGACGAAUGGGUUCCUGAAAGCAGAGUUCUUAAGUAUGUGGACAGUAAUCUGCAGAAACAGAAAGAGCUUCAGAGGGCCAAUCAAGACCAUUAUGUAGAAGGGAGAAUGAGGGGAGCUGCGCCGAAUAAGAAAAUACCUGCUGCUACGCAGAAAAAUGAUGUGAAAACCAAAAAGAACAAACAGAAGACUCCUGGAGCAGGAGAAGGGACUAGUUCAGGAGGGGACCCAACACACCCUCCACGAAAGAAGAGAGCACGUGUUGAUCCAACUGUGGAAAGUGAGGAAACCUUCAUAAAUCGAGUGGAGGUCAAAGUGAAAAUCCCUGAGGAGCUGAAGCCGUGGCUUGUAGAUGACUGGGACCUGAUUACGCGGCAAAAACAGCUUUUCCACCUACCUGCCAAAAAGAAUGUCGAUGCAGUGCUUGAAGAUUAUGCAAACUACAAGAAAUCACGAGGAAACUCUGACAGCAAGGAGUUUGCUGUAAACGAGGUGGUCGCUGGUAUCCGGGAAUAUUUCAAUGUUAUGCUGGGGACGCAACUUCUGUACAAAUUUGAGAGGCCUCAGUACGCAGACAUCCUGGCCAACCACCCAGAUACAUCUAUCUCUCAGAUCUACGGCGCUCCUCACCUACUCAGACUCUUUGUGAGGAUCGGAGCCAUGCUGGCGUACACUCCUCUCGACGAGAAGAGCCUUGCACUGCUGCUCAGUUAUCUACAAGACUUCCUCAAGUACCUUGUAAAGAACUCCGCAUCGCUCUUCAAUGCCAGCGACUAUGAAGUUGCCCCUCCGGAGUACCACCGCAAGGCCGUUUGAGGUCUUAUAUUUCAGGAUCUGAAGCCUUCGCGCGUUGACGUUUGGAGACGACGUCCUUUUACCUGCCAGACGCCUGUGGAGAAAGGACUGUGCGAGAUCUGUUGAUUUUUAUUAAGGAAGAAUCACAACAAGAUGUCAGACUGAUCCCUGGACAAAUUUAUUUUCUUUCAUGUGGAAAGCUGCUGAUUACGCUCUUCCUGUAUUGGUAUGUUUUUGAGUACCACUUUUUAGUUUCUAAGACUUUUCGUUGGUCCAACAUUUAUCAACAUCUUCAGAAACAGGAUUUCAUCAUGAAUGUUUUUUUUUUUGUUGUUUUUGUGUUUGAUUUGGAUGCUGGCUAAAUUUGUCUCGUAGGCUGUCAUCGUUUUCUAAUAAAACUCUUUCACUCUCCAGA